CUCGGCUGGAGACAGACGCACAGUUCACAGUGAGGAAAGACAUUAGGGGGGAGAAGGAAGCAUGUUGGACCAGUGACAAAUCUGUCCUUGGGUUAGACACAAACAAAGCUACUUCCUUCAGUCACUUUCUUAAGAAAACAAAAACAAGGAACCCAUCUUUUCCCCCCUCUUUACGAACUGGAUUAUAACGGAACUGGAGGACUUCUCUGACGCACACACAUCUUGUUUUGUGGCUUUUUUCUAUUUUUCGCUUUUUCAAGGUUUGGGAUUUAUCCUUUUUGUUCCUCGGGACAUGAAUGAGAGUGGAGGGGAGAGAAAACCCCAUUGAGGCAACAGAAACGUGCUCAAUGCAUCUUCCUCAGAGGGACUGAAGAGGAGCAGGCACCCUGAGGACAAGCCGAGCCCGAGACUUUUUAUUUUAUUUAUUUAUUAUUUAUUAUGUAUUUAUUUAAAAUGCGGCGCGUCAGCCUGCUGACUCUCACCGUCAUGUCCAUGUUGCUGUGCCAGGGGUUAUGUUCGGGAGUUUUUGAGCUGAAGUUGCAGGAGUUCCUAAACAAGAAGGGAAUACAGGGCAACAAAAACUGCUGUAAAGGAGGCCUGAUGUCGUCCUUCCAGCAGCAGUGCGAUUGUAAAACCUUCUUCAGGAUUUGUCUCAAGCACUACCAGCCCAACGCCACCCCGGAGCCUCCGUGCACAUACGGCGGCGCUGUGACGCCUGUUCUGGGCUCCAACUCCUUCCAGGUCCCCGAUGUCAUCCCGGAGAGCUCGUUCUCAAACCCCGUCAGGAUUAACUUCGGCUUCACGUGGCCUGGGACCUUCUCGCUGAUCAUUGAGGCAUUACACACCGACUCCAAAGACGACCUCAUGACAGAUAUUCCAGACCGCGUUAUCAGCACCAUGACCACUCAGAGGCACCUGACUGUGGGAGAGGUAUGGUCCCAGGAUCUGCACACCGUAGGCAAGACGGAGCUAAAGUACUCGUACCGGUUCGUGUGUGAUGAGCACUACUACGGGGACGGGUGCUCAGUUUUCUGCCGGCCCAGAGACGAUGCUUUCGGCCACUUCACCUGUGGAGAGCGGGGGGAGAUAGUGUGCGACUCCGGGUGGAAGGGACACUACUGCACUGAAC